AUGGCAUCUCAAUCUCAAUCCCUCUCGAACCUCACACCAGGAAACACACUUGUUCUCGACGUACCAAAGAAAGAAUCUCCUGCAGAUCAGACCCCCACCCUCAACUCACCUUUACUGAGGAGCGAGGAUUCCGACGUCAAUGUUUUAACCCAGGACCGGAUCAUGCCCUUUAUCGAACCAGGUGCUCCAUCGGCAAGGGAGUCAAAUCGACAUUCCACAGCAGUGCAAGAUAAUGCAUUACGCCCAGUAUCGAGCUUCAGAGGGGAAAGUAUAGUAGGAAGCGAGCCUUUGGGCAGUUUUGGGCGGUCUUUGCCAUCGCUAAGGGGCCUUGGACUUCUUGCGAGGGGUGAUGGAGAUCGCCCAUCGGCUGUUGGCUUACAUGCUGCCCGAAACACUAGAGGCAUCGAGAGUGGGAAUGCCAGGUUGAACGAGAAUAUGGGAGAAGAUGUAAAGGAAGAGGUGAGGAAGAAUACGUUGACGAAGCAAAAACGCACGGCUAGAUUCCGCGAGCGGCGUGAGAUGUCGGGAUCUGGCGCAAACACCAUGUUUCCAGUGUCAGGAGGAGACGAUGGGAAUACGAGCAUAAAUGCUUCGAGAUCGAGAGGUCCAUUCAAUGGGUCCAAUUCAAUGCUUGGCAGAACAGUCAUUUCGAGAUCCCUGGAGGAGACCCAACGACAAAGAUUGAGUGCGCGGAGAGAUUCCAGGCGGUCAUCGCGCCGGGAUAGGAUACGGCCAUCGGGCACUGCAUCCACCCCGAUUACUAUCAAUGAGGCUGAGAAGAGCCGGCCUAUAUUAGUGGGUUCAUCUGAGUCGCCAGUAGUUUUAUCUUCUGAUGACAAUGAGGACGCGGUGUUGCCUCCAUCUCAAUCAACGCCAAUGACUUCGAGGACAGGCACGAAAGGGCCAGAGCCAAGCCGUAGGACGUUUUCUCGGCAGAAAAGGCUGAAAAUUCUUGAGAAUAGAGAAGAAGCAGAGAGAUCAUCCCGACAAGCCAACUCAAGUCGUCCUCACAUUACAAGGGAGACGGCUCAGAGUUUGGGGUUCUCGCAACCUCUAUCUAGAUCAUACUUCCAUCGAAGCGGUCAAAACGCUCUACAUGAGUGUUCAGCGUGUCUAUCAAGCAUACCGAGAGAGCCACUUCUUCCAACUAUACGUAGCCUACAAGCGAGAGUCAAUAGAAGGAUAAUAAGAAUGCAACAGAGUGCUACUGGAUACUGCGAGACCAGGAACCCCAACCAGCGGCCGCCGCCUACCGGUGAAAUAACAGGGGAUAUACCCCACAGGUUUGACUAUAGAAACACGGCAAGCACAUAUGCUAGCAGGGCUUUCCCAUAUUUUGAGGAAGGAGAGACGACCAAUGACGACUCUCCAUCGCCAAUCUGUCAGCCUGAAAGCCAAAGAGCACAAUGUGAAAACCCUCGUUAUGAACGCCCAAAGCUGAGCUCAGUAUCUGAAAGCGAUACGGAUGGUGAAGUGUACAAUGAUCGAAAACCAGGGGGCGAUGCGCCACCUAGGAAGCGCAGACGUCUGAACCUUGACAGAGAAGCGAAAUCUAUCUUACAGAGUCAACUCGAUCGAUCGAUCCCUCCAGUAGGAAGUAUGGGACAGCCCGGAGGGUUAAUAACUCUCAGGGAAAUGUAUGAGAAGUUUAUGAAAAGUGAAGCUGGAGGAACUUUCGAUGACCAGCAAACAGUAGAAAAAGAUCCUUCAGACGUGAAUACUGAGGGCAAUAGCUGGUUGAAGACUGACUCCACUAACAUCGAUCGUGCUCAUGCCCUGGAAGGUACCGACCCAGUAUAUGAGCAACACAAUGGAGCAUUUUCUGACCACGGAAAUGACGGUUCGUCACGUUACUUCACACCAGACACACAGCGCCGUCUUGAUGCAGAGGGAUCCAGCGACUCUUAG